AUGGGCAUCCAAAGCUGGACUAGUAGCAUGCAGCGCCGUGUCGAUCUCCAGCUGGAGGGCAUCAAAUUGGCAUCUCUUACCUCCAAUGACAUGGUGUUCUUAUUUGACGUAGAAUACGCCAUGGUAUCUCAGGGACGUCUAAGAUUCUCGCUCCAGCUUCAGAUGUUCACUCGCAAGGAAACCCAGCUUUAUCGGAACCCCUCUGGAGAACCAGCCAAAGAUCAUGUCCGUGUCAAGAUUAUCAUGUCCCCCGAGAACGAAGAACUGCGCACUGCAGCUGAUGUGUAUUCUGAGAUGCAACGUCUUAUGUUUGUUGAAACUGAAGAUGACGACAUUGUUCUUCCGUUCAAUGGCGCGGUGUUGAAGAUUGACUAUGCGUAA